AUGUUCGCAGCGAAGAAACGCCUGCAACAACUCGGCGAGCACAUCCAACCCAGCACCAAAAGCGAAUCCGGCGACAUCCUCUGCACCGUCCACGAGCACUCACCAGGCCACAACGUAGCGCACAUCAUCUUCUCCAACCCGACGAAACUCAACGUCGCCAGUGGCCGGCUCCUCAAAAAACUCAUCGCCAUCUGCAGCGAGCUAGGCAAAGACCCGGCCCUCCGAGUCGUUGUUCUUAGCGGCGCGCCUCCCACUUCACCAGGAAAGGCAGCGUCUUGGAUUGGAGGCGCAGAUAUUCAGGAAUUGAGUCGUCUGGCUUCCGCAGAUGAUGCGCGGAAGUACAUCGCCCCCGUUCACGAGGCGUGCGUUGCGCUGCAGAAUGUGCCUGUGCCCGUCAUCGCGCGCGUAAACGGGUAUGCACUAGGCGCGGGGCUGGAGUUGAUGAUAUCAUGCGACUUACGCAUCGUCACGAAAGCGAGCAGAUUCGGGAUGCCCGAAGCGAAGAUCGGACUCCCCUCUGUCGUCGAAGCGGCGCUCUUCCCUAGCUACAUUGGCAUCGGCCGAACGAGACGACUCGUGUACCUCGCGGAGAACAUCCCGGCGGACACGGCGGAGAAGUGGGGGCUGGUGGAGCGGAUAGUUGAGGAUGAGGGUGAGCUGGAUCGGGCGGUGGAGGAAUGGGUGGAUACGAUUGUUGGGAUGGGACCGCAGAGUAUUCGCAAUCAAAAGCGGUUGAUGAGGAGGUGGGAGCAUGGGACGUUGCAGGAGGGGAUUGAGGCGGGGGUUGAGGCGCUAGCUGAGUCGUAUGAGGACGGUGGGAAGGAGGCGAAGGAGUAUAUGAAGCGUUUCUUGGGGAAGAGGCGGUGA